UCACAGCCUACUUAGGAGCAAUACCAGGAAAGAAGGAGCUGCGACCCCUCAGCAGGCAGAGGUUCAAGGAAGGUACCAGAGGUAGAGCCCCCAGCUGUGAAGCUACGCCUGCUGUCCUGAGCAUUUCCGCUCCAGACAGACAUUCAUUCACUGUGAAAGAUGCUAAUGCCAGCACACUUCUGGCUGCUCCUGAUACUGCUCUUGGGGGACUCAAGCACAAGCCUCUCACACAAGUUCUGCAAAGCUGGGUCUGUCUUCAACUGUCUCAACACAGCCUUGUGCAAGGUGCAGAAGAACCAGAGGGAGGAUGUGCCCCUUCUAAGUAAGAAUAGCUUCCACUACCUUCCCAGUCAAGACCUGUCUUUCAGAGAGGAGAAAGAGGAGGAAAAAGAAAAUCUGGACAAGGACAAAAGGACUUUCCCUGACUCUGGGGGUGGAGGUGGUGCUGGAAGCACCCGGUACAAAUAUCUGCCACAAGCACAGCACAAAGGGAAGCUGUACCAGGACAAAGGCAAAAGUGACCAAAGCACCAAGUUCACACUAUCCCUCGAUGUUCCUACUAACAUCAUGAACAUCCUCUUCAAAAUCGCCAAGGUCAAGAACAUGCAAGCCAAGGCAGCUGCCAAUGCUCACCUGAUGGCACAGAUUGGGCGUAAGAAGUAG